ACCCACUCUUUGGCAAUAUUUACCAAUUGGCACGACUCAUGAAUCUCUACGAAGCUUCGACUUUUUUUCUUCUUCUAGAAUUAAAAGGAAGGUGACUUUUAAGCCGUCUUCUUUGACCACGACCAGUCUUCCUUCAUCUCGCUAGUCUCCUUCUCCUUUUUGUUUUCUCUAUUUCCUCCGUCUCUGUUCACCAUCUCCUUCCCCAAAAAAACCUCUCCUUUCUCUCAGCCAUGCCUUCCAAUAAUACAGCAUCCUCCAGCGCCGCCGGAUCUUCCGAUUCUUCCACCACUCGGAGAAACUCCAAACGGCCUAAGUAUUCAAAGUUUACACAGCAGGAGCUUCCUGCUUGCAAGCCCAUUCUUACUCCUGGUUGGGUGAUUUUGACGUUUUUGGUCAUCAGUGUUAUCUUCAUCCCCCUCGGAGUUGUUUCUCUGUUCGCUUCCCAAGAUGUUGUUGAGAUCGUUGAUCGGUAUGAUAAUGAUUGCAUACCGCCGCCUUCUAGGGCUGACAAGGUUGCUUUCAUUCAAGGAGCUGCUAACAAAACUUGUACCCGGACAAUAGUUGUUCCUAAGAAGAUGAAGCAGCCUAUCUACGUUUACUACGAGCUUGAGAACUUCUACCAGAACCACCGCAGGUAUGUGAAAAGCCGAAGCGAUGCGCAGCUGAGAAGUGUGAGAGACGAGAAUCAAAUAGAGGGAUGCAAGCCUGAGGACGAUGUUAACGGACAGCCGAUUGUGCCGUGCGGUCUGAUCGCUUGGAGUCUCUUUAACGACACAUACGCUCUAUCAAAAAACAACCAGCCUUUAAACGUAAGCAAGAGAGGCAUUGCGUGGAAGAGUGACAGGGAACACAAGUUCGGCAAAAAUGUGUUUCCCAAGAACUUUCAGAUGGGCAAUAUCACCGGUGGUGGCAGACUGAUUCCAAAUGUACCGCUGAGUGAGCAAGAGGAUCUGAUUGUGUGGAUGAGGACUGCAGCUUUGCCAACGUUUAGGAAACUGUAUGGGAAGAUAGAGACUGACCUGCAGGAGAAUGAUACGAUACACGUGGUUCUGGAGAACAACUACAACACGUACAGUUUCGAUGGGAAGAAGAAGCUUGUUUUGUCAACAACUAGUUGGCUCGGUGGGAAGAAUGACUUCCUGGGCAUUGCUUACCUCACGGUUGGAGGAAUCUGCUUCUUCUUGGCACUUGCGUUUACCAUCAUGUACCUUGUGAAACCAAGGCGACUUGGAGAUCCUACUUACUUGUCAUGGAACAGGGUACCAGGAGGAGGUCGGUAAACACAAAGACUGUAUUCUGCUUAUGUAAAUCUCUUUUAUCUUUUUUUUUUUGUAACACAUAAGUCUCUUCUCCUGAAUGUAAUUUCAGCCAAAACCUGCUAUUAAUGAUAUGUAUUUUAUAGAUUGUGAAAUGCAUGAUGUAACAGUUGAAAGAUUGCUACCAUUACACAGAUGAGAAAAGCUACCUCUCUUUUUUUU